AGCCGCGAGCUCCGAAGCCAGACAAGUUGGAGAGGUCUGCGGGUGGCGGACGCUCGCUAGCAAUUGCGGACCCAAGCGCUCGCCUGCUCCCGGGCCCCGGUGCCCCGCGCCCGGGAAGGAGCGCUCCCGCGGGGCGUCCGGGCCGAGUGUGGACGCGGCUGCGCGCGGCCCCGCCAGGGCUGGGAGUUUGCAGACCGUCCCUGCCGCGGCCCGCUCCGCGCCGGCCCUGCGGCUCCCGGGCGCGUCCAGCCCAGGUAGCCGCGCCGCAGGCUCGGGGCGCCGCGACCCCGCGUCCCGCCGCGGCCACGGCGGCCCCGGCGGCCGCUCCGGCUGCUGCUCGGCGACGAGUAUCUGCACCUCCCACUUGCUUUCAAGCUCUGCACCAUGUGGGUUUGACAGCCUUCACAGAGCCUGCAGUGACCUGUUAAAUAACCACAGAAACAGCGUUUCUGAAUUGGAGACUGUGGCUUUGAAAUUGGACUGCAGUGUUCUGAGCACGGUGAACUGCUGGCUGGUCCUGAACUGGCUUUCAGGGUCACAGAUGAACCCUUCUGAAAUGGAAGUGAGGAAGGGAAGUCUGCUGACGCAGGAGCCAGAGUGAGAGCACCGCUGGACUCGUGCGCCCAUCCUGCACCAUGAAUCUGGGUCUAUCUUGUGUGCGCUAGGAGCUGAGGGCAGGCGCAAGCUACAGGGAGCAAUGGCUCUCUUUAGUCCGUGGAAGCUGUCCUCGCAAAAGCUGGGCUUCUUCCUGGUGACUUUUGGCUUCAUUUGGGGUAUGAUGCUCCUGCAUUUUACCAUCCAGCAGCGGACGCAGCCUGAGAGCAGCUCCAUGCUGCGAGAGCAGAUCUUGGAUCUCAGCAAAAGGUACAUCAAGGCACUGGCAGAGGAGAACAGGAACGUGGUGGACGGGCCAUACGCUGGCGUCAUGACAGCUUAUGAUCUGAAGAAAACUCUGGCUGUGUUACUAGAUAAUAUCUUGCAGCGCAUUGGCAAGCUGGAGUCGAAGGUGGACAAUCUCGUUGUCAAUGGCACAGGAACAAAUUCCACCAACUCCACAACAGCUGUUCCCAGUUUGGUAGCACUUGAGAAAAUUAAUGUGGCAGAUAUCAUUAAUGGAGCUCAAGAAAAAUGUGUAUUGCCUCCUAUGGAUGGCUACCCCCACUGCGAAGGGAAAAUCAAGUGGAUGAAAGACAUGUGGCGUUCAGAUCCCUGCUACGCAGAAUAUGGAGUGGACGGGUCCACCUGCUCUUUCUUUAUUUACCUCAGUGAGGUUGAAAAUUGGUGUCCUCAUUUACCUUGGAGAGCAAAAAAUCCCUAUGAAGAAGCUGAUCAUAAUUCAUUGGCAGAAAUUCGGACAGAUUUUAAUAUUCUCUACAGUAUGAUGAAAAAGCAUGAAGAAUUCCGGUGGAUGAGACUGCGGAUCCGGCGGAUGGCUGACGCGUGGAUCCAAGCAAUCAGGUCGCUGGCAGAAAAGCAGAAUCUUGAAAAAAGAAAGCGGAAGAAAGUCCUGGUUCAUCUGGGCCUCCUGACCAAGGAAUCUGGAUUUAAGAUCGCAGAGACGGCGUUCAGUGGUGGCCCUCUUGGUGAAUUAGUUCAGUGGAGUGAUUUAAUUACAUCUCUGUACUUACUGGGCCAUGACGUUAGGAUUUCAGCUUCACUGGCUGAGCUCAAGGAAAUAAUGAAGAAGGUUGUAGGAAACCGAUCUGGCUGCCCGACUGUAGGAGAUAGAAUCGUCGAGCUCAUUUAUAUUGAUAUUGUUGGACUCGCCCAAUUCAAGAAAACCCUUGGUCCGUCCUGGGUUCAUUAUCAGUGCAUGCUCAGAGUCCUGGAUUCCUUUGGUACUGAACCAGAGUUCAAUCACGCUAAUUACGCCCAGUCCAAAGGCCACAAGACCCCCUGGGGAAAGUGGAAUCUGAACCCUCAGCAGUUUUACACCAUGUUCCCUCAUACCCCCGACAACAGCUUUCUGGGCUUUGUGGUCGAACAACACCUCAACUCCAGUGACAUCCACCACAUUAAUGAAAUCAAAAGGCAGAACCAGUCCCUCGUGUAUGGCAAAGUGGAUAGCUUCUGGAAGAAUAAGAAGCUCUACUUGGACAUAAUUCACACAUACAUGGAGGUGCACGCGACUGUUUAUGGCUCCAGUACCAAGAAUAUUCCCAGUUAUGUGAAAAACCACGGCAUCCUCAGUGGACGGGACCUGCAGUUUCUCCUCCGGGAAACCAAGUUGUUCGUUGGACUUGGGUUUCCUUACGAGGGACCAGCUCCUCUGGAGGCCAUCGCAAAUGGAUGCGCUUUUCUGAAUCCCAAGUUCAACCCGCCAAAAAGCAGCAAGAACACGGACUUUUUCAUCGGCAAGCCGACUCUGAGAGAGCUGACGUCCCAGCAUCCUUACGCUGAAGUGUUCAUCGGCCGACCACACGUUUGGACUGUGGACCUCAACAAUCAGGAGGAAGUAGAGGACGCAGUGAAAGCAAUUUUAAAUCAGAAGAUUGAGCCGUACAUGCCGUAUGAGUUCACAUGCGAGGGAAUGCUGCAGAGAAUCAACGCCUUCAUUGAAAAGCAGGAUUUUUGUCAUGGACAAGUGAUGUGGCCGCCGCUCAGCGCACUGCAGGUGAAGCUUGCUGAGCCCGGACAGUCCUGCAAGCAGGUGUGCCAGGAGAAUCAACUCAUCUGUGAGCCGUCCUUCUUCCAGCACCUCAACAAGAACAAGGAUGUGCUGAAGUACGAAGUGAUCUGCCAAAGCUCAGAGCUGGCUAAGGACAUCCUGGUACCCUCCUUUGACCCCAAGAACAAGCACUGUGUGUUCCAGGGGGACCUGCUGCUCUUCAGCUGCGCGGGCGCCCACGCCCGGCACCAGCGGAUCUGCCCCUGCAGGGACUUCAUCAAGGGCCAGGUGGCACUGUGCAAAGACUGUCUAUAGCAGCCAUCUGCCCACCUGCUCACCGGCUCCGCUCAUGCUCCUCCUGUGGGGACGGCAGGCUCUCUGGCCUCUGGACGUCAGGCAGGGCUGUUGGGCAGGCCACAGGUCAUUCAGGGACUCUGGAUAGAGCCUGAGCUUGUUUAGUCAAAGGUUUCCACUUGGUUUUACUCCUGCUGGUGACCAAGUGGCCCAGAGGGAGUUUUUGUCAAAACCAAGCAGGAGUUUGGCUUCUUCCCUAUUACUAGAAAACACUGUUUCUGUUUCGCAAGGAGCACCUGUCAUGGUGGUGGUGGUGGUGGUGGUGCUGGUGGGGUGGGGUAGGG